AUGGUGCACCACGUGGAUGUCAACCUCCCCUGGAACCACUCCCUCUGCGCCUGCUGCCUCUCGCGCAUCCUCCACCCCGCCACCCCCACCACCUACCAGACCUCCACCCUCAACGCCCUCCGGCUUCACCUGCAGCAGCCUGUGAGUGAGAAAAUCAACCCCUGCCCAGCCAGCCACAACCGGCCGUCCCAGGCUAUCCUAGCGUAUUCCGCCACGGUUAGAGUGCCGAGCGCCUGGAGUAUGACUGGUCCGGGAGUGGGGCGUGGGGGAAGCAGCCGCACUGCGAUUGCCUCUGCCGCUGCUCGUGGGGGUGGUGGCGGCGGUGGUGGAGGCCUAUCCAGGUUUGACGUUCCCUCAGGGCCUCCUGCCGUGCAGUUCAAGUGGAAGGCGGAUUUCGCGCCCAUGCCUGCAGCCGAGGGGAUGCUUCUCGAGUGGAUGGCAGAGCCACGUGUCGGCCUGCUGUGGGACCUGGAUGUGGUCAGAUGCCAGCUGGCACAAGCAGACGUGAUGAGGAUUCGCGAUCUGGCUGAUGCAAGUGGUGUCACACUCUGGCGCCUGCACAUGAGGUCCUGCUACAAUGCCUUCCCCGCCCUGGCGAAUCUGCUGAACGUGGGGAGGCAGAUUGAGGGGGUGGGCGGCAGGCAGGCGGAGAGGCAGGCGAGUAGGCAGACGGGGAAAGGGGGAGGGAAGCAGGGGGGAGGGGGUGCGGAGGAGGAUUGCUUUGGAUCGAUUCUGGUGCAGGUGCUUGGGGUGAAAGGGAAGAAGGAACUGGAAUCCGGGUUUGCUGCUCAUGUGCUGCCUCUGCUGCCGGGGGGAAGACAGGCGCAUGGGGGUAUGAGAGGGGGGGCGGGGAGUGGAGGGGGAGGAGGAAGAGGAGGAGGGACUGGUUUGGUGAAAGGAGAGGAGUGGAGGGAGGGGUUGAGAGGGGUGGAGUGGGAUGAGUAUGUGGAGCGGAUGGGGGAGAUUAUCUCCCAUGGACGGCUGGAGGCUGAACAGUACAGCUGCAGCUGCAGGCAGUGUGGAGGAGACAACGAGGGCGCAGGGGGGAGUGGGGAUGGUGCUGCUGGUAAUGGUGGUGGUACUGCGAGUGGCAUGGUCAUAACUGGCGUUGACCCGACUGACUUGGCUCUCCGGGCUGCGUUCACUCUCUGUGCUCCACGCUUUGCCAUCUACGGCGUUAUGGCGUUUACCGGGGCGUGCAGUAACAGGUACAAAGAUCGCGUGGAGGACGCUGCUGUUGAGGCAGCCAGGCAGCGGCUGGCAGAAAAAGCAGAGAGGGCGGAGAGGGCAGAGGAUUCUGGAAAGGGGAGUGUGGUGGAGGGGGGAGAAGCACUCAACACUGAGAAUAAAGUGGAUGAUCAGCAAUCAGAGAAGCCAGUAGCAGCAGUAGCAGCUGGAGCAGCAGUAGCCGCAGCAGCUUCAUCCCCUUCUCCUUGUCCUGCUCCUCCUGCUCCACCUUCUCGCCCUCCUGCUGCUGCUGCCACCAAUGCAGCAAGCAGUGUUGCCCGCCUCGUGCCAGUCAUAAGUGACCCAGCAGUAGCACUGUUCACGUACCGAGCCGCAUGUAUCCUUCAAUGGAUGCGCGUUCAAGGCCCCAGGCUCAAUCCCCCCAGCUAUUGCACCCGAACCAACCCGGAAGCCCCAGCCCUGGCGCUCCCGCACCCGGCGCACGAUCUCCCAAGCCUGCUGGUCAGGUUUGGCGCCAUCCCCAAGCCUGUGAGCGCGGCGGGCUCGGAGGGUUGUGGAGGAGGAGUUGGGGAGUGGGAGGAGUUUCCAGUGGGCGACAGAGACGCCCUGAAGGCGCAUGGCAGUGGCCCUGCCCUGGGAGGCACGGAAGGGGUAGGAGGGGUAGAAAAUGGAACUCCAGGGCCUGUGAAUGGGGAGUUUUUGGGGGUAAAUACCUUCCAGACAGGCAGUUUCCGGGAUGAUGUGUUUGACCGGGAGGAGAUGCUGAAGGAAUUCAAUGUGGGGGCUGCACAGGGUCUGCAGGAGCAUGGGGCAGUCAGAAGCGCAGCCACCACAGGCGCAGCAGAGGGCGUGCAGGAGUAUCGGGCUGCCAAGGCGCUGAGUGACAGCAGCACGCACACUCCCGCAUUUCCGAACCUCGCGGACCGCGUCGAGGAGUUUCUGAGAAGGUUCUCGCCGAAGCGGCAGGCGAAGGAGAGGCGUGGGGGGCCGCUGGCCCGAGCGAUCACCGACUGGGUGCUGCGACUGAACCUGGUGGGGGCAGAGACUAGCAGCAGCGGUGGCAGCAGCAGCAGCAGCACUAGCAGGGGGGCAAAGGGAGAGGAAAGGGAUAUGAGCUGGGCGGCGCUGGCCCUGGGGGUGUACUCCCCGGCCAAGUUAAAGCCCAUGCUGAGAUCCGCCCGGGAGGUGGAUGCGUUUCUGGAGUUCAUGGCGGCGAUGACCACCCUCACGCCCGCCUGCAACCACUGCAUGGAGUGUCUCAACGUGUUCAAUCGGUCCAUCACCCCCGCCGCCAUUGUUGCCUCCUUCGCCUUCCGCCCCUCCUCGGUGCUCCUGCGCUGCUUCCUCUCGGUCUACUGCCAGCACUCCUCUCAGAGGAGGGAGCUCCUGGACACGCUCGGGAUCCCCCCCUUGCCGGACCUGCUGCCGGACCGGCUCGUGGCUCCUCUUCUCGAAGGCGUGGUGGAGCACAAGCGCCUGCACUUCCUCUACACAGCAGCCAUGCUUCUGAGGACGGAAGAGGAGCUGAGAGAGUUGGAGGGGAGCGGGUGGGAGGGGAAGGAGGAGUGGCUGAUUCGGGAGGAGGUGGACACCUGGCGCAAUGCACUGUUCCGAUCGUGGCCUGUCUUUGAGCUUUCGCGUGAGGCGGCGCUUAGCUGGGCGUGGACUGGGGAGGAGGAGAGGGUGAGGGACUGGUGUGUGGAGAUGAAGCGGAAGGAGCGGGAGUGUGAGAAGAUCAGUAGGUGGAAGGAGAAGGUUUUGGUGGAUAGGAUGCUUGCUGCUGCUGCUGCUGCUGCUGCUGCUGCUGGUUCCACAGCUGCUGGGGGUGAGAGUGAGAUGGUAGAUGGGCUGAAAAUCGCGCCUGCAUACCUGGUGCCGUGGGUGGGGGGAGUGAACCCGUUUGCAUGCCUGCGGGAGAUGCUGCUGGGGGAGACGUGCUACUGGGAGCUCUCGAACGGGCAGCGGGUUGGGGAGCCACUCCAAUCGGCGUUCAACAGGCUGUUCCAAUCCCACCUGCCGCACUGCUGCCUGCCGAGUCAGCAGACACGUCAGCCGCAGGAUGACGUGGAUAAGGCCGACCAAAAGGAUCCGACAGAAGAAGCGAAGCAGGCUGUUCGGUUUAUGGCUGUCGGUCAAGUGGUGUACCUAUCGCCUGAAGCAUCAGCGGAAAAGGCCAAGCUUAAAGCGGGUGCAGUGGUCAAAGUGCUUCCGCUAAAAUCGAGGGAUGCGGGGAAGAAGGAAAAAGCAAACUCGGCAGGUACUGCUGGGAGCAGCAGCAGCAACAGCGGUGCUGCGAAUCACACACCAGCCACGGCUACUGUGUGUGCUCCGGUUAACCCGGAAUCUGCACCGCCUCCUGCUGCUACGCCUGUCGCUACUACUACGCCCUCCCCUCUCCCUGCGUCUGUCGCUUCGCCUGUCGCUGCGCCUGCUUCUGCUCCCGCCUCCGCGCAUGCCUCUGCGCCUAUCGCCGCGUCUACGAAUGGUGGCAACAGCAACACCGUCACCAAUACCAGCAGGCGCGUCAGCAGCAGCCGUCGCAUCCGGCCGAGCAUCACGAGCCCGCUAGACUACGAACCGAUCUCCCGCCCGCACAUGGUGCACCACGUGGAUAUCAACCUCCCCUGGAACCACUCCCUCUGCGCCUGCUGCCUCUCGCGCAUCCUCCACCCCGCCACCCCCACCACCUACCAAACCUCAACCCCAAACGCCCUCCGCCUGCACCUGCAGCAGCCGGUGGAUGAGAGCAUCAAGCAGUGCCCAGCCAGCAACAACAGGCCGUCCCAGGCUAUCCUCGCGUAUUCCGCUACUGUCAGAGUGCAGAGUCUUUGGCUUACGACUGGGCCGGGUGUGGGGCGUGGGGGGAGCAGGCGCGCUGCGCUUGCCGCCGCUGUUGCGCGUGCUGGUGGGGGGAGGGUAGACAUUUCCUCAGGCCCGCCUGCCGCGCAGUUCAAGUGGAAGGCGGAUUUCGCGCCCAUGCCUGCCGCCGAGGGGAUGUUCCUCGAGUGGAUGGCAGAGCCACGUGUCGGCCUGCUGUUGGAUCUGGAUGUGGUCAGAUGCCAGCUGGCAGAUAUGAUGAAGAUUGACGAUCUGGUAGCAGCAAGUGGUGGUGCUACAACCGCUGCUGCUACAGCCGCUCGUGCGACCACCUCUCGUGCUUCCAGCAGCGCUGUCGCUACAGCCGGUGGUGCUACAGCAGGUAGUGGUGCUCCGAAGCACUUCUGGUGGUGCUGCUGGCAGUGCAGCGCGUGUUGGACCGCCUACCGCCGCUGCCUCUCCGUGGUCGUGUUUCUCGUGCUUGUAGCGAGGCUCCCCCGUAUAGUCACACUCUGGCGCCUGCACAUGAGGUCCUGCUACGUCGCCUUCCCUGCCAUAGCAAAUCAGCUGAACGCGCGGAGGCAGAUCGGUGGGUUGGGGGGUAGGCAGGCGGAACGGCAGGCGAGUAGGCAGGCGGGGAAGGGGGGAGGGAGGCAGGGGGGUGGGGAAGCGGAGGAGGAUUGCUUUGGAUCGAUUCUGGUGCAGGUGCUUGGGGUGAAAGGGAAGAAGGAACUGGAAUCCGGGUUUGCUGCUCAUGUGCUGCCGCUGCUCCCGGGGGGGAGAAGGGCGCAUGGGGGGAUGAGAGGGGGGGCGGGGAGAGUAGGAGGGGGAGUGGGAGGAGGGCGAUGGGGAGUCGGAGGAGAGAUUGGUUUGGGGGAAGGGGGAGAGGAGUGGAGGGAGGGGUUGAGAGGGGUGGAGUGGGAUGAGUAUGUGGAGCGGAUGGGGGAGAUUCUCUCCCAUGGAGGGCUGGAGGCUGAGAAGUACCGCUGCAGCUGCAGGCAGUGCGGAGAAAACGAGGAUGCAUGGGGGAGUGGGGAUGGGAGCAGCAAACAUGAAAGCAGUGGCACUGCUGCUGGUACCAAUGGUGGUGGUGGUGCCGCCAGUGGCAUGGUCAUAACUGGCGUUGACCCAACUGACUUUGCUCUCCGCGCUGCAUUCAUUCUCUGUGUGCCGCUUGCUGCCACCGGCGUUCAGGCGCUUACUGGGGCAUGCAGUAACAGGUACAAGGAGCGUGUGGAGGACGCUGCUGUUGAGGCAGCCAGGCAGCGGCUGGCAGAGAGGCUCGCAGAGGGGGCAGGAGAGGGAGAGGGGGCAGGAGAGGGAGAGGCGGCAGCAGGGCAGAAGCUGGCAGAGGGAGACGGAGAACAGGAGGGAGGCGCAGAGAGAAACAGAGAGGAAGGCGAAAGCACAGGGGCGGGAGGAGCAGCAGCAGGAGCUGCUAGCACUACUGUUAGCGCCAGCACGACUGCUGCUAGCGCUGCUGCUAAUUCCCACCUCGUGCCAGUCGUCUGUGACCCUGCAGUGGCACUCUUCACGUACCGAGCUGCCUGCCUCCUCCAAUGGGUGCGAGUGCACGGCCCCAGGCUCAACCCCCCCAGCUACUGCACCCGCACCAACCCGGAAGCCCCACCCCUUGCGCUCCCACACCCAGUGCACGACCUCCCGAGCCUGCUGGUCAGGUUCGGCGCUAUUCCCAAGCCUGUGGGUGCGGAAGGCUCAGCCACUGGUUGUGUUUCGGGGUGGGAGGAGUUUCCAGUGGGGAAUAGAGAGGCGCUGAAGGCGCAUGAAAGUGCGUGUGGAGGCUUGGAAGGGGCAGGGGGAGAGGGGUCAGGGGGACAGGGGGCAGGUGAAGAGGGGGGGGAGUUCUUGGGUUUAAACACCUUCCAAACGGGCAGCUUUCGUGAUGCUGUGUUUGACCGAGAGGAGAUGCUCCUAGAGUACAACGUGGGUGCAGCAAAAGGGCAGCAGGAGAGUGGGAUAGUCACAGGCCCAACAGAGGGCCUUCAGGAGUAUCGAUUAGCCAAGGCUCUGAGUGCGAGCAGCACAGGAAGUCCCGCGUUUGCGUCCGUCCCGGACCGGGUUGAGGAGUUUCUGAGAAGGUUCUCGCCGAAGCGGCAGGCGAAGGAGGGGCGCGGCGGGCCGCUGGCACGAGCGAUCACCGACUGGGUGCUCCGACUCAACCUGGUGGCAGCAGAGACAACUAACACCAGCAGCAGCAGCAGCGGCAGCGGCACUAGCAGCAGCAGCAGCAGCAGCAGCAGCAGCAGGAGCACUAGCGGGGAGAGAAGAGAUAUGAGCUGGGCGGCGCUGGCCCUGGGGGCAUAUUCCCCGGGCAAGUUAAAGCCCAUGCUGAGAUCCCCUAAGGAGGUGGACGCGUUUCUGGAGUUCAUGGCAGCCAUGACCACCCUCACGCCCGCCUGUAACGCCUGCCAGCUCUGCCUCAACGUGUUCAAUCGGGCCGUCACCCCUGCGGCCCUUGUUGCCUCGUUCGCCUUCCGCCCCUCCUUGGUGCUUCUGCGCUGCAUCCUCUCGCUUUAUCCCCAGCGCUUCACCCCGAUGAAAGAGCUGCUAGACACGCUCGGGAUCCCCCCGCUGCCAGACCUGAUCCCGAACCGCCUCGUGGCUCCUCUUCUCGAAGGCGUGGUGGAGCACAAGCGCCUGCACUUCCUCUACACCGCAGCCAUCCUGCUGUCUCGAGAAGGUGCCGUGAAAGAUAUCAUGGAGCAGAUGACGGGAGACGGGGUGGCGAGGAGUGAAGAGGAGUUGAGACAGGUGGAGUGGAACUGGUUGGAUGGGAAGGAGGAGUGGCUGGUGUGGGAGGAGGUGGACGGCUGGCGAAACGCGGUGUUUAGAUCGUGGCCUGUUACUGAGAUGCUGUAUGAGGCGCCGCACAGCUGGGCGGCAACUGGGGAGGAGGAGAGGGCGAAGGAGUGCUGUGCGGGGAUGAGGCGGAGGGACAGGGAGUGUGAGGAGAUUAGUCGGGGGAAGGAGCGGACUUUGGUGGAUAGAAUGGUUGCUGCUGCUGCUGCUGGUAGCGCUGGUGCUGCUGCUGCUGCUGCUGGCACAGCUGGUACUGCUGCUACUGCUGCUGCUGGGGGUGAGAGUGAGGUGGGAGGCGGGUUGAAAAUCGCUCCCGCGUACCUGGUGCCGUGGGUGGGGGGAGUGAACCCGUUCGCCUGCCUGCGGGAGAUGCUGCUGGGGGAGACGUGCUACUGGGAGCUCUCAGACGGGCGGCGGGUCGGGAUGACACCUGGGGCAGGCUCUUCUGCUGCUGCCCCUGCUGCGUCAGACACAAGAGCACCCGCAGGAGGAGCAGGAGGAGCAGGGGGGGGACUGCCAGAGAGCCCACUGGAAGGUGCACAAGCUGCAGUGCCAGCCCAAGUGAUAGCAGAGGGGAAGGGGGAGGGGGAGGGUUGGGAAUAA